CAGGUUCGUGAGUGGAGCCCAGCCUUAUAUGGACUGAUCGCUCGGGCAAUGGCCCAUUUUUUCCUCGCCACCAGCCGCCACUGCGCGCCAAGCGGCCGCCGGAGUCCGAGCUGACGCCGCCUUGGCACCCCUCCUGGAGUUGCCAACUCGGCCGCCGCGCGCUGCCCGCUCCCCGCUCCCGUCGUUUCCGCGUGCUCGCGGAGGCGAGACUGGUACCGCGUGGGGCUUUUUUUCUCCCCUUUCCCGCAAUUUCUUCCUUCCUUUCUUUUAAAAAAAAAAAACAAUAAUUAUCUCCAUCAUUAAAGCCCCUACCGACCCCUCCCCCAGCCCUCCCCCUCCCCAGCCCUCCCCCGCCCCUAUUGGGGAGCGCCACGAAUUGACCCAAGUGAAGCUACAACUUUGCGGCGCCAAUUGCGGGGUCCCGAGCCAUGUCGCUGACCAACACAAAGACGGGGUUUUCGGUCAAGGACAUCUUGGACCUGCCGGACACCAACGACGAGGAGGGCUCGGUGACGGAAGGACCAGAGGAAGAGAGUGAGGGGCCGGAGCCCGCCAAGAGGGCUGGGCCGCUGGGGCAGGGCGCCCUGGACACGGUGCAGAGCCUGCCCCUCAAGAGCCCCUUCUACGACAGCAGCGACAACCCCUACACGCGCUGGCUGGCCAGCACCGAGGGCCUCCAGUACUCCCUUCACGGGCUGGCGGCCAGCGCAGCGCCCCAGGACUCCAGCGCCAAGUCCCCGGAGCCGUCGGCGGACGAGUCCCCGGACAAUGACAAGGAGACCCCGGGCGGCGGGGGCGACGCGGGCAAGAAGCGCAAGCGGCGGGUGCUCUUCUCCAAGGCGCAGACCUACGAGCUGGAGCGGCGCUUCCGGCAGCAGCGGUACCUGUCGGCGCCGGAGCGCGAGCACCUGGCCAGCCUCAUCCGCCUCACGCCCACCCAGGUCAAGAUCUGGUUCCAGAACCACCGCUACAAGAUGAAGCGCGCGCGGGCCGAGAAAGGUAUGGAGGUGACACCCCUGCCCUCGCCGCGCCGGGUGGCCGUGCCCGUGCUGGUGAGGGACGGCAAACCGUGCCACGCGCUCAAAGCCCAGGACCUGGCCGCCGCCACCUUUCAGGCCGGCCUCCCCUUUUCGGCCUACAGCGCGCAGUCGCUGCAGCACAUGCAAUACAACGCCCAGUACAGCUCGGCCAGCAACCCCCAGUACCCCACAGCGCACCCCUUGGUGCAGGCCCAGCAGUGGACUUGGUGAGCACCGCCUCCGAGACUCGCGGCCCCAGGCCCAGAUCCAGGCGGCGAGAAGGACUCGGUCCUGG